GCCAUUAAAGAAAGGAAUCCAUGAAUUCAAUUGGAACCAGCAGGAACAGUGUCUGAAUAGUAAUGGUCAAAAUGACCCGAGAAAUAUAGUCCUACUGUUGUUUUAGGUCGAUUUUUUAAAAUAUGUUUUUAAAAUUCCUUCUUACCCGGUGACGAUGGAGGAAUAGGGAUACAUUAAAAAAAAAAAAACCUGAGAGUAUUUUAAGCAAAGGGGGAGGGGGAGAGUUGUUUCUUUGCUUUCCUUUUUGUUUUAAGAGCGUUUUCGCCUCUUUCGGAUUUUAACUUAUCGACACGUUUGAACAGUUUUACGAUGCGGGGGUUGCGGUGUUUUUCAUUUUCUAACAGCUGAAAUAUUUGCUGAAGAAAGCGAGAAAAUCGAGGGGGUGUUGAAUUGGCUAGCUUUAUAGCUAGCUGGCUAGCUUGCUUGCUAGCUAGCUUACAUUCCCCAACCGAUUGGAUUGUGUAGACGUUUUCAUCAUAGCUUAUUCAACUAUAGAAUAAUACUGUUUACAAUUAUUCUUACUUUCUUGGGAACUGGAAUGAUGGAUCGUUCGUUCACACAGUGAAAGGAUGAGUUCUUGCUUUGUACCAAACGGGGCCAGCCUGGAGGACUGCCACUCCAACCUAUUCUGCCUGGCUGACCUGACUGGGAUAAAAUGGAAGCGCUUCGUGUGGCAGGGCCCCUCCUCGGCCCCCAUCCUCUUCCCGGUGACGGAGGAGGACCCCAUCCUGUGCAGCUUCAGCCGCUGCCUGAAGUCGGACGUGCUGAGCGUGUGGCGGCGGCACCAGACCCCCGGCCGCCGUGAGCUCUGGCUCUUCUGGUGGGGCGACGACCCCAACUUCGCCGACCUCAUCCACCACGAGCUCAUAGGUGAAGAUGACGGUGUGUGGGAGAGCGGCCUGACGUACGAGUGCCGCACGCUGCUCUUCAAGGCCAUCCACAACCUGCUGGAGCGCUGCCUCAUGAACCGGGGCUUCGCCCGCAUCGGGAAGUGGUUCGUCCGGCCCUACGACAAGGACGAGAAGCCCAUCAACAAGAGCGAGCACCUGUCCUGCUCCUUCACCUUCUUCCUGCACGGCGACAGCAACGUGUGCACCAGCGUGGAGAUCAACCAGCACCAGCCCGUGUACCGGCUGAGCGAGGAGCACCUCAGCCUGGCCCAGCAGGCCGGCAGCCCCUUCCAAGUGAUCCUCAGUCCCUUCGGGCUGAACGGCACCAUGACGGGCCAGUCCUUCAAGCUCUCCGACCGGCCCACGCAGAAGCUGAUCGAGGAGUGGAAGCAGUUCUAUCCCAUCAGCCCCAGCACCAAGGACCGCUCCGAGGACAAGAUGGACGACCUGGACUGGGAGGACGACUCCCUGGCCGCGGUGGAGGUCCUCGUCGCGGGGGUGCGGAUGGUGUACCCCUCCUGCCUGGUGCUCGUCCCGCAGUCCGAUCUCCUGGCGGCCGCCCCCCUGGGCCCCUCCCACUGCGCGGCGGCCUAUCCCAACAGCCACCCGCCGCACCCCUCCCACCGGGACCCUGCCAUCUCCUCCGUCACCCUGACCCCGCCCACGUCGCCCGAGGAGUCCCAGACCGACUCCCAGUCGGUGCAGAAGUGGAUGAAGGUCUCCUCGGUGACGGACAGCUUCGGGGCGGACAGCACCAGUCACCACGGCGGCAGGGUCCCGCGCCGGCUCGCCUCGCAGGCCGUGGAGCGGGUGUGGCGGGAGUGCAGCCUCAACCGAGCCCAGAACAAGAGGAAAUUCACGGCGGUGGCCAACGGUGUCUGCGAGGAGGAGGCGGCGGGGAAGGUGGGCUGCUGGGACUUCGUGGAGGCCACCCAGAGGUCAAACUGCGACUGCUCAAGGCACAAGGCCCUGAAGCAGCGGUCAGGCGGCACCCCGGGGCACCCCCAGUCCGCGGGGCCGCCCCCGCCCCCUCCGCCCAAGCACAAGACGGCGGAGAAAGCGGAGAAGGCGGAGAAGCUGGCCAAGCGGCCGCAGACGCCCUUCCACCACCGGAGCUCCCUGUGCGAGGAGGUGUCCCUGGAGCCGGAGACGGGCGGCCCCAGGAUGGGGCUCCGGCCGCAGGAGGACGCCCGCUUCCCCCCCGCCUCCAAGAGCGCCCCUCCCGAAGCGGCCGGCUCGCCUCAGCCGCCCCCGCUCAGCCCGCACCCCUGCGACGAGGCGGCGGACCCGGCCAAAACUGGCGCCGGCCCGCACUUCUACCCGCCCGCACCCUCCUCCGCCGAGCCCUGCCCCGCCCCCCACAAGGCCCCCGAGGACCCGCGGCUGGACCCCCUGUCCCAGGCCUUCCCCCCGCCCUACGCCGAGGCCCCGGAGCCCACCCUGUACGUGGGGGCCGCCGUGGACCCCCAGCAGGCCGCCGGCUGCGCCCCCUGGAGGUUCUUCAACCUGCCGCGGAGGAAAGACGGAGAGUUCCCCACGCCGCCCCUGCCCCUCGACAAGCUGCGGGACGAGCCCAGCGCCGCGACCGGGCCCGAGGGCCUGGUGUCCGUCACGGAGCUGAUGUCCACCCUGCGGAGGCCCCUGAAGGUGUCGGAGGAGCGGGUGCAGAUGUACGCCCAGCGCAGGAACCUCUACCUGUCGGCCCCCUUCUGCGACGCGGCCCGGCAGCCUGAGGCCGACCCCUACGCCUUCGUGGACGGGGACGUGGAGUUCACCUUCCGCGACAAGAAGGACAAGCAGGCCGGCGAGCGCGAGGUGGGCAAGAAGUACAAGGGGGACGACAGCAGUGCAGAUGACGCCCAGCAGUCGGCUGCCAACAACCGCAACACCUCGGCCAGCCUGAUGCACGAGAACGACCUGGCCGUCUCCUUCAAGGACCUGGACAACCUCUUCAACGAGGAUGAGGACGAGCUGACGCCCGGGUCCAGACGAGCCCUCGGCGGGGCGGACGAGAAAUUCGGGAAUAAGGAGGCGAAGCCGGCCACUCUCGACCCGCUCUCCUGCAUCAGCUCGGCGGACCUGCACCAGAUGUUCCCCACGCCUCCCUCCCUGGAGCAGCACAUCAUGGGCUUCUCGCCGAUGAACGCCGGCAGCAAGGACGGGGGCAUGCUGGACACGGGCGCCGGCGCCACCCUGCUGGAGGGCCUCUCGCUGGCCGGGCACUUCCGCAUCGAGGUGGAGGAGGGGUACUGCAGCCCCAAACCCUCUGAAAUCAAGGACUUCUCCUUCGUGUACCGGCCGGAGGCCUGCCAGGCCCUGGUGGGCUGCUCCAUGUUCGCCCCGCUGAAGACCCUGCCCAGCCAGUGCCUGCCCCCCGUCAAGCUGCCCAAAGAGUGCCAGUACCGGCCCAGCUGGACCGUGGGCAAGCUGGAGCUCCUCCACCCCCUGCCCCCCUUCAACUUCCUCAGCAAGGACGGUAACAUCCCCAGCGUGGGCAGUGCGAUGGAUCAGGACUACACCUACACCCCUCAGACCCACACGCCCUUCAUGUCCAACAGCGGGCCCUCCAGCAACAGCGCCCCCGGGAUCCUGCCCUCCCCGGCCACGCCCCGCUUCUCGGCCCCCACCCCCCGGACCCCCCGCACCCCCCGCACCCCCCGGGGCCCCUCCAGCGUCCAGGGCUCCAUGAAGUACGAGAACUCGGACCUGUACUCGCCCGCCUCCACGCCGUCCACCUGCCGGCCCCUCAACUCGGUGGAGCCGGCCACCGUGGCGUCCGUGCCCGAGGCGCACAGCCUCUACGUCAACCUCAUCCUGUCCGAGUCGGUCAUGAACCUCUUCAAGGACUGCAACUUCGACAGCUGCUGCGUGUGCGUGUGCAACAUGAACAUCAAGGGCGCCGACGUGGGCGUGUACAUCAGCGACCCCGCCUGCGAGCCGCAGUACCUGUGCACCUGCGGCUUCAGCGCCGUGGUCAACCGCCGCUACGGCAACGGCUCCGGCCUCUUCCUGGAGGACGAGCUGGACAUCAUCGGCCGCGGCUCGGACGAGAGCCGGGAGGCGGAGCGGCGCUUCGAGGCGCGCCGCCAGGCCUCGCUGCACCGGGCCGGGGCGCCCAAGGACCGCGUGCCCGACGACCUGGUGCUGCUGCUGCAGGACCAGUGCACCAACCCCUUCUCCCCCGUGUCCGGCCUGGAGGCCCCGGCGCCGGGGCCCAAGGCCGAGGGCCCCGGGGCGCCCCCGCCCUGCGUGCGCGUGGAGGAGAGGGACUGCCACAGCGACUGCUACCUGGCCCUGGAGCACGGCCGGCAGUUCAUGGACAACAUGUCCGGGGGCAAGGUGGACGAGCAGCUGGUCCGGAGCACGGGUCUGCACCACUGGGCCAAAAGCAACGCGGUGGAUGUGAGCACGCUCUUCUCUCAGGACGUGCUGCGUAUGCUGCUGUCCCUGCAGCCCGUCCUGCAGGACUCCAUCCAGAAGAAGAGGACCGUGCGCCCGUGGGGCGUGCAGGGGCCCCUCACCUGGCAGCAGUUCCACAAGAUGGCGGGACGCGGCUCCUACGGCACGGACGAGUCCCCUGAGCCUCUCCCCAUCCCCACCUUCCUGGUGGGGUACGAGUACGACUUUGUGGUGUUGUCGCCGUUCGGCCUGCCCUACUGGGAGAAGCUGCUGCUGGACCCCUUCGGCUCCCAGAGGGACGUGGGGUACCUGGUGCUGUGCCCCGACAACGAAGCUCUGCUCAACGGCGCCAAGACCUUCUUCAGGGACCUGACGGCCGUGUACGAGGCCUGUCGGCUGGGCCAGCACCGGCCCAUCUCCAAGGCGCACGCGGACGGCAUCGUGCGGGUGGGCAGCGGCACGGCGCGGACGCUGGCGGAUCAGCCGCUGAGCGACUGGUUCCUCCGGGCCGCUGCCGGCAGCACCGACGCCCUCGCCAAGCUCCGGCUGUACGCCCAGGUGUGCCGGCACCAACUCGCCCCGUUCCUCGCUGCCCAAUCGCUGGACAGCUCCUUGCUCAGCCAGCCCAACCCCCCCGCCGCCUCCAGCCAGUCCUCGUCCGCCCAGCCGCCAAGCUCCGCCCCCCCGGCAGGGUCCCAGUGCCCCGCCGGCUCCACCCAAUCAGGAAGCAGCAGCAGCAGCAGCAGCACCGCCGCGAACGCUAACGGCCAGCCGCCAUCCUCCUUGCCCCCCUCGGGCCCGCAGGGCGGGGCCGCCCCGGCGCCCCCUGCCAAACCCGGGACCUUCCCUCCCUACGGGAACACGGCCGGCACCACCCCGAGCGGCCAGCAGGGGCAGCAGAGCGCGGGGGGCCAGGGGGACGGGCAGACCCCGGUGCCCACGGAACCCCCCGAGAGCACGAUGGAGCGAGAGAAGGUGGGCGUCCCCACGGACGGGGACUCCCAUGCGGUCACCUACCCCCCGGCCAUCGUGCUGUACCUGGUGGACCCCUUCUCCUACGAGGAGGCCGAGGGGGCGGGGGGCUCCAGCGUGUGGACCCUAGGCCUGCUGCGCUGCUACGUGGAGAUGCUGCAGUUCCUGCCCCCGCACAUCCGCAGCGCCAUCUCCGUGCAGAUCAUUCCGUGCCAGUACCUGCUGCAGCCGGUGCGGAGCGAGGAGCGUCACAUCUACGCGCAGCACCUCAAGUCCCUGGCCUUCUCCGUCUUCUCCCAGUGCCGGAGGCCCCUGCCCAGCUCCACCAACGUCAAGACCCUCACAGGCUUCGGCCCCGGCCUGGCGCUCGACAGCGCCCUCCGGAGCCCGGAGAGGCCGGAGUGCUUGCGGCUCUACACGCCGCCCUUCAUCCUGGCGCCCGUGAAGGACAAGCAGACGGAGCUGGGCGAGACGUUCGGCGAGGCCUCGCAGAAGUACAACGUGCUGUUCGUGGGCUACUGCCUGUCGCACGACCAGCGCUGGCUGCUGGCCACCUGCACGGACCUGUACGGCGAGCUCCUGGAGACCUGCAUCAUCAACAUCGACGUGCCCAACCGGGCCCGCAGGAAAAAGGGCUCUGCCCGGAAGAUGGGCCUGCAGAAGCUGUGGGAGUGGUGUCUGGGGCUGGUGCAGAUGACAUCGCUGCCCUGGAGGGUGGUGAUUGGCCGCCUGGGACGGAUGGGCCACGGAGAGCUGAGAGACUGGAGUGUCCUGUUGAGCCGGCGGAGCCUGCAGUCCCUCAGCAGGCGUCUGAAGGAGAUGUGCAGGAUGUGCAGCAUCUCGGCCGCCGACACUCCCAGCAUCCUCAGCACCUGCCUGGUCGCCAUGGAGCCGCAGGGCUCCUUCGUCAUCAUGCCAGACUCGGUGUCGACGGGCUCGGUGUUCGGCCGCAGCACCACGCUCAACAUGCAGACGUCGCAGCUCAACACGCCGCAGGACACGUCCUGCACGCACAUCCUGGUGUUCCCCACCUCCGCCGCCGUCCAGGUCAACAGCUCCAACUACACCACGGAGAACAUCGACAUCAACUUCAACCCCAUCAACGACGGCUCGGACGGGAUGGGAAUCUUCGACCUGCUGGAGGAGUCGGAGAACGACCUGGACCCCGACAUCAUCAACAUCCUGCCCAACUCGCCCAACACGUCCCCCGUGCACUCGCCUGGGUCACACUACCACCACGGCGGCGACGGCAGCAAGGGCCAGAGCACGGAUCGGAUGGAGUCUCACGAGGAGGCGCCCAACCUGCUCCAGCAGCCCAUGGCGCUGGGCUACUUCAUCUCCACGGCCAAAGCCGGCCCGCUGCCCGACUGGUUCUGGUCGUCCUGCCCGCAGGCCAAGAACCAGUGCCCCCUCUUCCUGAAGGCCUCUCUCCACCUGCACGUGUCGUCGGUGCAGUCGGACGAGCUGCUGCACAGCAUACACUCCCACCCUCUGGACUCCAACCACACCUCCGACGUGCUCAGAUUUGUGCUGGAGCAGUACAACGCCCUCUCCUGGCUGACCUGCGACCCCGCCACGCAAGACCGCCGCUCCUGCCUGCCCGUGCACUUUGUGGUGCUGACUCAGAUGUACAACUUUAUCAUGAACAUGCUGUAACGGACAGAGGAAGAGGAGGAGGAGGAAGAGGGGGAGCGUAUAUCCACACCGCCGAAUUUCAAGGCUCUCUCCAAAGCCUGCGGAUAAUGAGGCCCGUGAGCCAGCAUCACAUGCUCAACACUGCCCCCUACU